UGUGCGCGAUAGACAAUUCCCACCGCCGUACACCGCCAUAUUGUUUGCGGUAAUCCCGUGCUAGUUGGUCGAUUUGUUCGCGGUCUUGUGACUGUUUCUCUUGUUCGGUGAGUUCCCUCGGGAAAGUUUGCAAACAUUUCGCGUAAAAGCAACAUGAAGAAAACCAAGGACGUGUCGGACGAGGACGAAUAUUCCGCGGACGAUCCAGAAGAAAUGGAGGGAGCUUCUGAGGAAGAGUGGACUCCCGAACCUGGAGUCGAAAGUGGUACUAAGAAGAGACCUCAGAGAGAAGCUGCCAAGAAGCGGCAACAUUCAGAAGAAGAGGAAGAUGAAGAAGAAGAAGAGGAUGAGGAGGAAGAUGAUGAAGAAGAUGACGAGUCCGAUUCCGACACAGGAAAAAAGCCCAAAAAGAAAAGACGGUCCAAAAAAGAAGAGGAUGAAAAAGAAGACGAAGACGAAGAAGACUCUGACGAUAAUAGUUUCAAUGAAUCGUCUGGUGAAACACCAAAGGACUUUACUUCUGGUGCAUUUGUUGUUGCGAAAGCAGACAUCGGUGGAAGUACAGAACCGACGUUAUGGAGGAUAGAUGGGAAAGCAUUACUCCAGAAGUUUUUACCUUUCAAGGAAGAAGGAAAAACAUUGUACAAAAGCACAUCGACGUAUUCUGGGUGGUCAGUGAAUAAUAAAGACAAAUACUUGGCUGCACAAGUAACUUUCAAAGUUCAAAGUAGAACAGAAACAAUUGUUGAACUGCAUCUUGAUCAACAACAACAAGAAGUUGUAAAGGAAGAAAAAGAAGACUAAAUAUAAGAUCAGAAUUGAUCUUAUUUGUUUAUAUACAUUUUAAGGUAUGCUAAGAAAGAAUACAUCUACAUUCACAUGUACACAGUAAACACUACACAAGCAUAUUACGCAAACACAUAGAUGCAGUUUACAAAAUGAUAUUCUAGCAGAUUCAUGUUUAAAAAUAAAAUUGAGUGGACCAUGUAUUUCGGUUUGUUGCAAAAUGUAGCUUUCCAUGUAAUUGAUGGUGCUAUCAAACUUGAAUAUGCACUUCAAUUAACGGUAAAGCCAACUGUAAACCUUCAUCAUUAUCCAGUUAUUUAAAUAUACAAUAUCCACUCAUAUUUUAUGUUUUAUAGUUUUGACAAAAGUUUAAUCCCAUUACACAGACUGUAAAUUAUUUUUAAAACGUUGUCUUCUACUUCUUUUCUGGCAACAAUUACAGUCAUGAUCUCAAAAUUCACAUGGCCAUCUACUGUACUUUAAAUAUUUAUAUUAUUUAGCAUUAUUUUGAGGAACUAAAUCUUACAUUGUGUUUAUUGUUUAGUCGACGAAAUGCAGAACUGUAGAUAUAGAAAUCACAGUGUCAGUUACCGUUUGCGUUAUGUUCCUAUCAUUGUGUAAUUUUCCUGAAAAAUCAUGUCAUACCUGAUUUUUUAUUUUAAUCUUUGAGAAACUUUUGUGGCCAUAAGUGUGUAAUGUAUAAUGCAUUUAUGUCGAUAGCAAUAGUGUGAACGAAGAACUUGUUCCAUCACGAAUCAUGUUCAGUGAUAUAUCGUUGGAACUAGUUUUAUGAAUACAAUGCAUUUGUGAAAAAAAAAGAAAGAAAAGAGGGUAAAAACUAAUUGUGUUAAAUAUUUAUUCAGUGUUCCCGUAUUUGUACAUUUUAUCGUUUCUUAAACAUAACACAAAAACAACUCUCCUGUUUGUAUAAUCUAUGUACAUCAAACUUAUUGGAAUGUAGGCAUAUGGUAAGAAAUAUAAUUUUCAUUAUAAGUUU